AUGAACGCAGACAAAAUCUUUCCGUCUCUCUGCUGCUCCCUCUCAGAGCCUGUGGCGAAGCGUCGGCCAACACCGUCUCCCGCCAACCGCCAACUGGACGACCAGGAGGUGAGGUCCCUCCACCAGCGCAGCACGGCGCCACCCAGAGGCCUGGUGCAGACGGACAGCCCCAACUUCCUGUGCAGCAGCCUGCCGCAGCACUGGAGGUGUAACAAGACCCUGCCGAGAGCCUUCACGGUGGUGGCCGUGGGCAACGACGUGCCAGACGGUGUGGUGGUCACGGUGAUGGCCGGCAAUGACGACAACUGCAGCGCCGAGCUUCGCAACGCCACAGCGACCAUGAAGCAAGGCUAUGCCCACUUCAACGACCUCCGCUUCAUAGGUCGCAGCGGCAGAGGUAAGAGUUUCACACUCUCCAUCAACGUGCUGACCUCACCGCCUCAGAUCGCCACCUUACACAGAGCCAUCAAGGUCACCGUGGACGGACAGCGGCUGCCAAGACGACAGAGACAGAAGGAGGUGAAGUCAGGAGUGUUCAGGUCGUCCCGCAGCAGCUCUGCAUCCUCAGACUGUCGAUCCUUCGCCUCCUCUCUGUGGACCAAUGAGCCGCCGUUCCUGGGUCAGGUGACCUCUCUGACCUCCUCCUUCACCCCAGGUCCCAGAAUGCACCACCUGCCUCCUCUCUCCUACUCCGCCCAGCCGACACCGUACAGCUCCUACCUGUCCUCUCCUCCUCCUCCUCCCCCUCCGCUGAGCCACAAUGGUCCCUUCCAAACAGGCAGCUUCUACUAUGGACCAAACCAACCGCUCCAAAACAUGGGGGAGGACCGCAAUGUCGUCACAGCGCUGACCAAUUAUAUUGAAGGGGCGUGUCUUUCUAUAAGAGGGGAGGAGCCUGUCUGGAGGCCUUAUUGAUGACUGGAUGUUUUAUACAUCAUCUGAAAAUAAAAUAUUUUACGUGUUUUGGGAAUUUUUUACUUUGUUCUCGGCUCUGAAACCCACCUGCGAAAAUACAUCUUUACACUUUAACUUUGUUUGCGGUGAUUAUGAUGCUCUUAUUUAUUACUUUGUCAUGAAAACGUGUAUUUAUUAGGGUUUUAUUUGUUGUAUUUAUCUAGGCUACUAUACCAACCCUAUCUUUUGUCAUUUGAUUUGAUAUAUUUAUUUUAUUUUAUUCUAUUUUAUUUUAAUUUAUUUAUAUAUAUUUAUUUUAAAUACUACAGCCCUACCACUGCAUUUGUGCUAAUUCUUGCCAGCCAUAUCUUUUGAUAUUCAUUAUUUCCGCCUUCCCAGGAAUAAAAGUCGAGUAAAGAAAUACUAAAUCCAUUUAUUAUAAUUUUUUGUUGCAUGAACACACUGAAAAUAUUUUAUUUUAAAUAUAAUUUCUUAAUAAUGUUAAUAUUAAAAAUUUAAAAAAUCAAAAACUUUACUUAUUUUAUGCCUUUA